AUGCUCAUCACAUCCGGGCAGGUUUCAGUGGCUAUCUCUUCUGGAAUCGUGUUCCUCUUCACCACCGCUCUAUUCCUCAGUGGGUACGUGCUCCAGCAAGCCACUGUCCGCGACUUGCGGGCGGCCAUCAAACCGCAGCUCAACAGACCGAAGCCAGGUCCGGAUCUGUACCUGCCGCCGCAGUUUACAGAGGAUGGCUAUCUUGUCGAUGUGAUCAAGGUUGAGACCCAGAAUAUACAGGAUGAGGCGGGCAGAGAUGCUCUUGGGGACCGGGCUGCCGGAAGUGGAGGGGACUCGAGCGCGGAGGGGGACGAGCAAGCUACAGACGAAGCGAGUGAUGAUAUGGUUGGGGCGACAAGGUGGCAGAAAGCUGCCCGGAAGAAGAAGACCGAGGAGGCUCGACAGCGCAAAGAACAGGAGUUACAGCAUCCUAUUUCUAAUUCAGGGUCCGGAGACUCCCCGGGCGGGACACCGCCUAUUGUCUCAAAGCCGCAAGAGAAACCAAUUAGUGCCGCCGAAAGGAGAAGGAGGAUCAAAGAGCAGAUAGUGGCAGAAGGCGAGGGAGAGGGUUUCAAAGGAUAUAGGAGACGGAUGUGGUAA